UGUGUUUGCAUCCCUGCUCGGUUUAUUCGCGGUGUUGCUGUUGCUGAAGAUUGUUUAUUGCGAAAAUUUGCAGAUUAAACUCAAUUCUUUCCCAUUUGACAAGAAAAAAUGCAUUAAAUAGUAAAGAGUUUUGACUAUUCAGUUGGUACUCAAAUGCAAGAUAAGAUGUCGGCCAGGGAAAAUGUGGAUCUGGAGUGUUUCCUGGUCAUGAAGCAUUCGUGGAAGGGGAGGUAUAAGCGAAUACUCUCGAUUGGAACAGUUGGCAUAUCCACCUACAACCCGGAUAGAUUGGAAUUGACUAAUCGUUGGUCAUACUCAGAUAUUGUUGCUGCCGCCCCCUCAAAGGGAACAAAUAUACCAAAUGAGUUUUUGCUGACUAUUAAGAAGGACAAGAAAUUGGAUACAAUUAAAUUGUCAUCGGAGUAUCGCCACGAAAUACUCAGUUCCAUACUGAAAUAUUAUAAAGAGUUUGCUGAUAAGCCGAAGAAUACUCAACGCUUUAAUGCCUACAAAUAUCAUUGGUCUGGCAUCAGUUUGCCCACUGUGCUGGAGGUAACACCGUGCUCGUUGGAUCAAUUGGAUCCGACCACCAACGAUGUGCUGGCCAGUUACAUGUACAAGGAUAUUGAGGGCAUAAUAGCAGGCAUCUCCGACUAUGAAGGAGGGAUUGUAAUGGCCUAUGGCGGCUUCAGUCGUCUGCAUUUGUUCAAAGCAUUAAAUCAUCAUGAGAUCGUACAAAAUAUAGCCCAAAAAUCUUCCCAAUAUCUGGGCAUUGAGACCAAAAUACUCAAAAGUCAGAUAACAUUGGAGCAAUUCGAAAGACAAAGAUUUGGCAAGUUUAGUGGCGAUCAAUUUCAAACAUCAAUGACCGAAUUCACAGUGCAAAAGUUAACACCUCGCCAUCCGGAUCCUGUAAAGCGUAUUCUUUGCCUCACCGAGGUCACCUUGCUGGAAAGGGAUCCUCAAACUUAUAGCGUCUGCACACUGCGGCCACUUGCCGAUGUGUUUGCCCUGGUGCGCGAUAAGGACAAUUUGCAACGCUUCAGCAUUGAAUACAAGAACGGCAUCGUUCGUAGUUACACCACCAAUGAUAGGGACUCACUGCUGGCGACAGUUCUGGAUGCAGUUCGCUCAAGUGGCAAUCAAGAUGUUCACAUACGUAUAGGCAAUACACCCAGGGGCAAGAGAUAUGUCCCAUUGAGUAGCUCAGUGGAUGAGGAGACUGAAGCGAAUCUUCUGCGUUUGGUUAUUAAUAAUUUCCAAAAUCCCUCGAAACGUUAUGAGAUACUAGAGCGUUUCAAUGCCAAUGUGCCGCACAGUGGUCUCAACUAUAGUGUUACCCAGGAUAGUUUGUUUGCUGAGAACAAGGAGAAAUUGAUCUCAAGCGCCCUGCAGGCUUUGGCUCAAAAAGAAUUAGAUAGCCCAACAGCUCAGUUAUCCAAUUUAGAAUUGGAGGCCAUAUUCCAUGCCUUGACACGUCUGCUGGCCAGCAAAGUGGGCUAUGCCGCCUUUACCAAUCUCUCUGGAUUUCGGGAGAUUAUUGGCACCAAGGUGGUGGCUGCUUUGAGACGCAAGGAUUUGGCAGUUACCUACUCGGCCAUUGACAUGAUUAACUCGUUAAUGCAUUCUGUUCACACUGAUCAUGAUCUCAAGCAGGAGCAGCUAAACAAAUCUUCCAUUUUAUCAUCGAAAUCGUUUUUAGAAACGUUGCUCAAUAUGUGGACUAAUCAUGUGAGUCAUGGUAGCGGCGCCUUGGUCUUGUCUGCAAUGUUGGAUUUUCUCACCUUUGCCCUGUGUGUGCCUUACAGUGAGACCACAGAUGGCAAGCAAUUUGAUACUCUGUUGGAGUUGGUUGCGGAACGCGGUCGCUAUUUGUAUAAACUGUUUCAGCACCCCUCGCUGGCCAUUGUAAAGGGAGCUGGUCUGGUGUUGCGCGCCAUUAUCGAGGAGGGCGAACUGCAUGUAGCUCAGCAGAUGCAGGCAUUGGCUUUGGAUGAGGCGGCCUUAUGUCGUCAUCUCUUGGUGGCGUUAUAUACACCAUCCAAUGACCCAACAUUGACCACCCAUCGUCAGUUGUCUCGCCACCUCAUUGGUCUGUGGCUUACCGAUAGCGAGGAGGCUAUGGAGUUGUUUAAAAGAAUAUUCCCCGCUGGACUUUUGACUUUCCUGGAGUCCGAGGAAACAGUGCCAGAAACGGACAUCGAAGAGGACAAAUUAAAUUUUCGCGACAAUCUCAAAUUCGCCAUACAACAUUCCAAUAAAACUCGCAAGAAUGUGAUAGAAAAGCAUUUACAAGGCAUUAAGCAUUGGGGCAUGAAUCUAAUUGAGGCUCAGGAUCCGGCGGCCCAGGCUCUAAAGAAUCGUCCAGUUGUCCUACGCAAUAGACGCCAAAAGAAAAAGACUUCCGAUGUUGUAGUGAAUUUACCUUAUUUCUUUUACAAUUUUGCCAAAGAUCACAGUUUGCCCAAUCUCAUAUGGAAUCACAAGACCCGCGAAGAAUUGCGCAUGUGCCUGGAGAAUGAGUUGAGGCAGUUCCUCAACGAUCGGGACUUGGCUGGCCAAAUGAUUGUGGCCUGGAACUAUCAGGAAUUCGAAGUUGCCUAUCAAUGUUUAGCUGAGGAAAUCAAAAUUGGUGAUUACUACAUUCGUUUGAUACUGGAGAAGGAUGAUUGGCCGCAGAAUUUAGUGAAGGAUCCUGUUGAGUUAUUUAAUGCGCUGUAUCGACGAGUCUUGUGCCGACAGCGUGUAAAUGAUGACCAAAUGACUGUGUUCUCUUUGCAAGCACUUGCCAAGGUUUAUAGACGUUAUCACAAGGAAAUUGGUAGAUUCAAUGAUAUGUCCUACAUUCUCCAAUUGAGCGAUCGAUGCCUUUCCCCGUCGAUGCGUGAUGCCUUGAUCAAUUUGAUAUCUUGCCUAGUUUUGGAGAAAUCCAAUUGUCGAGCUCUCAUUGAUCAUGUUCAGUGUCUGGUGGAUUUAAUCACCUUAGCCCAUUUACAUAAAGGACGUGCCCAGCUAAAUACCAAAACGAAUGUGAUUGAAGCUGGUCCCAAUAUGUCAAAUUAUGAGGAGAAGGAUUGGUACUAUAACAUUGAGAAAGACGGUCAGAAACCAGAGCGGCAAGGGCCCAUUACCUACUCCGAUUUGAAAGAUCUUUGGCAAAAGGGCCAGAUAACGCCCAAGACCCGUUGCUGGGCCAUUGGCAUGGAUGGUUGGCGUUCCCUGCAACAGAUACCCCAACUCAAAUGGUGUCUUAUUGCCAAGGGGACGCCACUGUACGACGAAACGGAGCUGGCCUCUAAAAUCCUUGACAUUUUGAUCAAGUGCACCAGCUUUUUCCCAAGUCGCACACAAAAUGGUGUGGCAGUGCUCAUUCCAGGUCCAAAGCUAUCGAGGAAACUUUCCGAAUUCAUUUGUCUGCCGCAUGUGGUGCAAGUGUGUCUCACCCAUGAUCCGGGACUCCUGGAACGUGUGGCCACUCUGCUGUGCCAAAUAAUGGAAGACAAUCCGGAGAUGCCCAAAGUCUAUUUGACGGGUGUCUUUUAUUUCAUGCUCAUGUACACGGGCAGUAAUAUCUUACCCAUUACUAGAUUCCUGAAAAUGACCCACAUGAAGCAGGGAUUCCGCAGUGAGGAGACCUCCCAGUCGGGAAUCAUGCAUCGCAGCAUUUUGGGUCAACUUUUGCCCGAGGCCAUGGUUUGUUUCCUGGAGAACUACAGUGCCGAUAAGUUUGCCGAAAUAUUCUUAGGAGAAUUCGAUACGCCUGAAGUGAUAUGGAGUUCGGAGAUGAGACGUCUCCUGAUUGAGAAGAUUGCUGCCCAUAUAGCUGACUUUACACCUCGUUUACGUGGCCAUACAAUGGCUCGUUAUCCCUAUCUGGCCAUACCCGUGAUUAGUUAUCCCCAAUUGGAGCAUGAGCUCUUCUGUCACAUUUAUUACCUGCGCCAUUUGUGUGAUACACAAAAGUUUCCCAAUUGGCCUAUUUCGGAUCCAGUGCAAUUGCUCAAACACACUCUAGACGCCUGGCGUAAAGAGGUGGAAAAGAAGCCACCACAGAUGACCAUCCAGCAAGCCUAUCAAGAUUUGGGAAUCGAUUUAACCAAAACUCCCGACCUCAAGCCAGAUGAGUCGAUGAUAAGGAAGAGUUAUUACAAACUGGCUCAGAUGUAUCAUCCCGAUAAGAAUCCCAAUGGACGCGAGAUCUUUGAGAAAGUCAACCAAGCUUAUGAAUUCCUCUGCUCUCGCAAUGUAUGGAGCUCCGGUGGACCAGAUCCCAAUAAUAUCGUGUUGAUAUUACGCACUCAGAGCAUUUUAUUUGAACGCUACCCAGAUGUUCUGCGUCCGUACAAAUAUGCUGGUUAUCCGCAGCUGAUUAAGACCAUACGCUUGGAGACACGUGACGAUGAACUCUUCUCCAAGGAGGCACAAUUGUUAACAGCUGCUUCGGAGUUGUGUUAUCACACCGUACAUUGCUCAGCUCUCAAUGCGGAGGAGCUGCGUCGGGAAGAAGGAAUUGAAGCCCUGCUGGAGGCCUACUCCCGUUGCGUGUCCAUAUUGGGUGUCGAUUCCAAGCCCGAUUCUCUGCAUUAUCAAGUCAUUUCGAAUGUCACACGUUGCUUUGAGGUGGCCUGCAACUUUGAGAAGUGCAAACAGAAGAUCAUUCAGUUGCCUCAACUUCUUUCGGAUGUGUGUCGAGUGGUUUACUUCAAGCACACUUUGUCUGUCAGCUUGGUCACAAGUCUGGCUGCCAAUAACUAUGAUCUGCAAUGCAAUCUGUCGAGGAACGGAGUCCUGUGGUCGCUGUUACUGUUCAUCUUUGAGUACGACUACACGCUGGAUGAGAGCGGAGUCGAGGUUAGCGAUAAGUCCAAUCAACAGCAGUUGGCAAACAAUUUGGCCAAAAUGGCUGUUCUGGGCUGCAUUGCUUUAGCCGGCUACCAAAUGGAGCUGCGCCACAAGCCCAUCACAGGCAGCGAAUCGAAUUCGCCGGCCCAGGCGCCCCCGAUUAAACCAAAGCCGGCAAUCAACUCAUCCAAUUCAGCCACCAACUCUGCCUACACACAGAAUGCACAUAAUCCUCUUCAGGGUAAGCAAGCAGCCAUUACUAUGGGCAAGACGGAAAAGGAAUCAAUAGAUUCAUCGAGUAGUGGAAAUGGUGGUGGUGGCGGUGGUAACGGAGGAAGCAGCUCCGACACCUCCAGCUCAACGCCCACUGAUAGUGAGCAGCAACAGCUAACUAAACCCUCGAGUGCUGCCAUUCAGCAGAAAUACACUGUGACAGGAGAAGCUAAGAAUUCGUUGAUCAAGCAAGUUCUGGAUCGUCUGCUCACUAAGUAUAUAGCAAAUCAAUUGGCCACCGCACGGGAUAGUGAAAUUCUGAAAUUGCUCACGGCUAAUACUCGGAAUCCCUACCUCAUCUGGGAUAAUGGAACAAGAGCUCAGUUGAAGGAUUUCCUAGAGCAGCAACGAUUAGCAUCCGCCAAGGAGACACAUGAGGAUGUUGCUCAGGUGUAUGAACUGGUUUCCAGUUUCGAGUUUGAUGCCCACAAAGAUGAACUACAGAUUGGUGGCAUUUUUAUAAGAAUCUAUAACGACAUGCCCACCCAUCCGAUUCUGCAGCCCAAGCAGUUUAUUAUGGAUUUGUUAGAUUACUUAAAGCAUGCCUAUCAGUUCCUAAACCAAAAGAGAAAUCCUUCAGCUGCUGCUGCAGCUGCAGCGCCAACGCCGAAAAUGGGCACCGAUGGCAUUCUGACUCCCACACUAGCACCCAAUCAUCCUCAGCUGCAGCAGCAGCAACAACAACAGAGGGCACCAGGCACCACAUUUGAUGAGGUGCUCAAUGCUUACAACCGUUCCAAGAGCCGCAAGAAACUGGAAUCCGAUGCGUCGGCGGAACAGCAAUUGGCCAUGCAGCAAUGCAAAUAUGAUUUCGCCAGCGAUAGCCAAUUGGAGGCGCACAUAACCAUGGUACUCCGAGCUCUUAUUGCAGUAGUCAAGUCCAAUGAGGAGGUGGAAAUUCAGUGCAUAGGAAAUUUCGAUAUGAUUUUCGGUUUUCUGGCCAACAAUAUUUUCCCAGAUAAUUCCAUUGUUAAAGCAGCUGCCCUUGAGGUGGUAGCCCUUGUCUCUCGCAACAAGGAAUGCGUCUCUGAGGUGGCCGCUUGUGAAAUUCUCGGCAACUAUUUGGUUGCCCUCAAAGAUCCCGAGCUUCGUGCUAGCCAAGUAAAGGUCUUGGAGACUCUGUCGGGCUUGAUGAAUGUCCAGGAGAUGAUUAAAGAGGCCCAGGCCAAAGGUGCUGCAAUUUAUCUGCUUGACAUGUUCUGCAACUCAAGAAAUCCUCAAAUUCGGGAAAUGUGCGCUGAGAUUUUGGCCAAAAUGACAGCGGAUCGACUGAGUGGACCCAAAGUGCGGAUUACCAUAUCAAAAUUCUUACCAAUGUUGUUUAUUGACGCCAUGGUAGAAUCGCCGGCCACAUCGGUGCAACUGUUCGAAUCAAUUCAUGAGCAUCCAGAAUUGAUUUGGAACGACAAUACACGCUCGAAUGUCUGCGAUGCUGUAGCCGAAGUUUGUGACAGAUUCUAUCAACUGCAAAAGUCCAACUCCCGCCAUAUAUGGAAGGAUCCGGAAAUCCUUAAGGACAUUGUGUCAAAUGAAAUUGUCGUAGCCGGAGUCUACCUGCGUCUAUUUGUGGCCAACCCUGCAUGGACAUUACGCAAGCCAAAGCAAUUCCUGUCCGACCUUCUCGACUUUGUUGUGGAGCAGAUUAGUAAAAGUUCAUCAGAGCAGGAUGUUCUCGACUUAUCGACGACGGCCUUGGUGGAACUAUUGCGUUCGCAGCCAAAUCUAGCGGAUGACAUUCCCGUCCUUGGCCACAUACCAAAGCUGUUCAAUCUACUCUCCGUGCAGCCAAAGAACACGCUUUCAGUAUUACAUCAGCUAUCGCUGUCCGAGUUCUGUGUAUCAGCCAUUUCCCAAACGGAAUGCGUAUCUCCGCUGAAAAAGUGCAUGGAACAUAAUCGGGAUUGCAUUGAGAAAGCCUGCGAGGCUUUGAGUCGCCUUUUCAAGCAUCAACACGACUCUCUGAUCAGUCAAUCGUUGGAAGUGGGUCUCAUACCUUUUCUUCUGGGCCUCUUGGACAGUCGCCUGGAAUUUGUGGACAAUCCAUCGGCGGUUAAAGCACAAAUUGUCGCUGCUCUCAAGGGCAUGACACACAAUCUCAACUACGGUGAUCGGGUGACGCAGAUAUUGCUCAAGCAUCCUGUAUGGGCAGAAUUCAAGGAUCAACGUCAUGACCUCUUUAUCGCCGAUACCAAUAUACGUGGCUAUUUGACUGGUAUUAAUCCAACUGCUGGCUAUCUGACUGCGGGCCCUGCUCAAAGCGUCGAAGUACUAACCUCACCACCGCCCAUGGAUCGUGACGAUCCUUCGGCUCGUCCACCAGCCAUUGACUAACGGCUUGUGCUUCGCCAGAACAAGGCAAAGCCGCGUUUAUGAUUUGGAAUUGUCGUUUGCCAUGGACUUUUGGCAUGGACCAUAGGUUUUCCCUUUAUUGUAUUAAACGUUUACAUAUUUUUUACCACAUCAGCAUAUUAUAUGGAAAACUGUAACAAAGUUGAAUUUUUUAUAUUUAUAAAUAUUGUAUAAAUACUUAGUUAAUAGUUUAUAUACACACCACACACAUAUAUUAGAUACAUAACACACAACCACACAUCCGCUAGAGCAUGCAUAAAGUGAUUAUAUAAAUAUUAUGAUUAUGGAAUAAAGCAGAAAGCAAAUUCAUUACAAAUGAAA